AUGGCGACACCACCGUUUAAUGAUGGUAACAGCCGCCUGCCAGCUCCUGAUGAUGGCCUCUCUUCUGGCCGCAAGGGUAAGAAGCGUGUCGGCUGGCAUUCCGCCAGCGACAGCCUUGGUGCUUCUUCCUCCAAGGACGCUGCCGCGUCACCUCGUGAUGAGAUCUCUAAUCUUUCCACGCCUUCCGUGCGAGGGAUGCCACAGACUGGAGAGCCAGACGCUCUUGAGCUCACCAUUGCGUUGACCAAAAUUCUCUCCGAAGAGGGACAGCAACGGUCUCCCGAUGUUCAAACCCCAAAGGAUGCCGGUCUUCACUACAGCGACACCUCCCCCCAUGGCACGGCUGCACAGACUCCAAACCUUCUGCGGCCUCCCAGACCAGUCCUACGUCGCAACACUAGCUACGACGCCCCCAAGGAACGCGAGGAAGCAGACAUGGCAGAGCAAAAGGCAAGUCAGCGUCAGGUCCGCUCCAUGACGGACGCACGGCACCGCGCCGAUCGGCUGGCCAUGUCUGUGGGAGGGUACUCUACUCCUGUGUCUAGGCGCAACUCGGGUGAGCUCAGCGCUGCAUUCCAGCCUCUACUCGAGGACGCAGGUGAUGGAGACGAGUGGCUGGGUCAUGACGAUAUCAAGACUCCUCCUGGCACUUCCCAUAUCAGACACCGCACCCCGCACUCAUCUCAACCACAAGCCACAGACAAUCAUAAUGUCGCAGAGUCCCUAGUGCUGUCUCAUGCCAUGAAAGCCAACAAGCCUGACUUCUUCCAUCGUCACCAUAAGUCUACAAGCUCUGGCACUUCCACACCCAUCACAACCGAUGCCCAAGACUAUGUGCCUCGCCCAACAAAAUAUCGCGGCGGUAUCCUAUCGUCACUGCUAAAGCUCUAUCAAGAUGAUAGAGGACAGAACACGAGCGCUCCAGGCACCGAAUUCAACUCUACCGCAACAACUCCCGUCAUGUCGCCUCGCAACUCACCACCUAGCUCGAGGCGCCCAUCUACCGCAGGAAGCAGCCGAUCGCGACCCACCAGUGGCUUGUUUUCCUAUCACAAAUCGCAGUCGUCGACUUCUUCACUGGCUCUGACCGAACUGCUCAAGUCGUCCUCCAUGCUCGCAGUCCCUGUAUCCCGGCAAAUAUCCGACCAAUGGGACCACAAGAUUAAGAAGGAAAAGUCGGCCAAACCGAAGAAGGAGCAGCACCGCAUUACCGUUCACAUUGCAGGCAUCAUUGCCCGUCAUCGAUAUCUCAUGAAGCUAUGUCGGGCUCUGAUGAUGUAUGGCGCCCCUACCCAUCGACUCGAAGAGUACAUGACCAUGUCGGCUCGCGUCCUCGAAAUCGAAAGCCAGUUUCUGUAUCUGCCGUCAUGCAUGAUCAUUUCCUUCGAUGACAGCUCCACGCACACAACCGAAGUCAAGCUUGUCCGUGUGCCGCAGGGAAUUGACCUGGGCAAGCUACGCGAUGUUCACAACAUUUACAAGCACGUUGUUCACGACAAGCUCGGCGUAGAGGACGCAACAAAGGAGCUUGAUGAGGUCAUUAACCGCGACACCAAGUUCCCCGUCUGGUUCCGAAUUAUCAUGUACGGCGUUGCAUCCGCCAGUGUCGCUCCAUUCGCUUUCGAGGGCCGUUUCAUCGACUUGCCGUGUGCGUUCAUCCUCGGAUGCAUCGUCGGCAUUCUUCAGUUGGUCUUUGCGCCAAGUAACGAGCUAUACGCCCACGUCUUCGAAGUUUCAGCCUCCAUUAUCACCUCUUUCAUUGCCCGAGGCUUCGGCUCUAUUAACAAUGGACAACUCUUUUGCUUUUCCGCUCUAGCGCAGAGCAGUAUCGCCCUCAUUCUCCCGGGCUAUAUCGUGCUGUGUAGUUCACUGGAGUUGCAGAGCCACAACCUUGUGGCUGGUAGUGUCCGCAUGGUUUAUGCACUCAUCUACACCCUAUUCCUCGGAUAUGGAAUCACAAUUGGGGCUACUCUCUACGGUAUGAUGGAUUCGAAUGCCGCCAGCGAGACACAUUGCUCCGAGCCCCUCCACCGCGGGUGGUACAUGUUAUUUGUGCCUUGCUUCACGCUAUGCUUGUGCAUCGUGAACCAGGCCAAGUGGAGGCAGAUACCCGCCAUGCUUGUCAUGGCUGUCGCAGGUUAUGCUGUUAAUAGCUACACCAGUCUUUACUUCAAGGGCAAUGGACAAAUCUCCAACAUGCUGGGUGCCCUGACUGUCGGUAUCCUGGCCAACCUGUACUCGCGCCUUGGCCGACAUGCGGAUACCUUGUGGCUUGACUUUAACGAUUGGUGGAGGAAGAACGUCACGCGUCGCUACUUUUCCAAGCGCAGCAACAGGUCCAACACUUGGACAGGAUCCAUCUCAGACACCGAAUCCGCUACUGGCGACACCAUUGACGAGGAAAAGCGGGAGAGUCGCCGCAAAGUCGGCUACAGCCUCGCGGCCGCGGCCAUGCUGCCAGCCAUCUUUGUGCAAGUUCCGUCUGGCCUUGCGGCUGGUGGCUCGCUUCUCGCCGGUAUCACCUCUGCCAACGAAGCUACUGGCAACACCACCACCACGAUCGAUACCUCACCGGGCAGUCUGGGAAGCAUGGACAGCACGGCUUUCAAUGUGCUCUUCCUUGUUAUUCAGGUUGCUAUUUCCAUCAGUGUCGGUCUUUUCAUGAGUGCACUCAUUGUGUAUCCACUUGGCAAGCGGCGCAGCGGUCUUUUCAGCUUCUAA